AAUGGUACACUCGCAUAGUUACAUAUGCAUACCGCUCUCCGAUCUCUCUAUCAUCAAGUGUGUGUGCGGGAACAACAUUGCCGUUGUUUCUGAUGCCGAGGGCUUGGAAAUGGGAUAUGGUUUAUGGUACGAGUUUACGGAGGCGGGGGAACGGGAUAUGCCUUUUUUUUCAAAUGCCAGCCACAAGAGCUGGAGUGUUAAAGGGGCGAAGGGAUCAACAGGAGGAUCAGGAACAGUGCUGGAUACGGUAUUCCCUCACAGGCGUUCCUCACAACUGGGAAACUCACAACUGGGAAACUCACAACAAUAACUGUAGCGUAAAGAAGUCUUGAACUUUUAUAUACACUGGAUUGGCAAGCAGACGGAUCAGAAUCAGUAAUGGAAUAGAAUGGAACGCCUUGGGAAGGGUUUCUUUCGGGAGAAACCGGUACUCGGUACUCGGUACUCGGUACUAGAAAGUCAAGCCGAAUCAGGAUCAGAUCAUAUACAUAUAU